ACACACACACUCUCUCUCUCUCUUUUCCUUUUUCUUCCCUCCACAUUAAUAUUAUUCAAACAAACCAGUACUGAUCUUCUCCAGAUCCAUGAUCCAUGGACGACCGAGUUGAAGACGAUGACAGAGAGGCACUCGCCGGCCUAAGCGAGGUGCCUCCGCCGCCACGCAAGUCUCAAAUAUCAUACAGCCAGCAGCUGAGGGCCACCACUUCCGCUCCUAAACGCCAACACCAAAAACUCCGCAAGCAUAGCCUCGACGACUCCCACAUUAAUAUUAUCCACCCCAACAACAACAACUAUAAUACUAAUGUUGAUCAUCAGCACUACUACGCCUCCUCUGGCGACGACGACGACGACUUCUUUCCUAAUUGCAACUCCUCCUCCAACCAGCGCCUCGACCAGACUCUCUGUGCGGAUCACGGCGACCACCACUGCCUGCAGCCCUUGCCUGAGUUCAUCGGCGGUGGUGGCACCGCUCCCAUUUUCAAGGUCCCCAUUCGAGCUGCCGUCCAUCCAGGUCGCCCGCCCUGCUUGGAGCUCAGGCCGCAUCCACUCAGAGAGACACAGGUGGGGAAGUUCUUGAGGAACAUUGCGUGCUCCGAGACACAGCUGUGGGCGGGGCAUGAAUGUGGUUUACGGGUUUGUAAUCUCAAGGACGCAUACGAGCCGGGGAGUGGUCUCGGAGGAAGAGUGACAAGAGGCGACGAGGACGCGACACCGUUCCAUGAAUCAGCAAACACGUCCCCUAUCACGUGCUUGACGGCGGACAACGGAAACCGCCUUGUAUGGAGUGGACAUAAGGAUGGAAAGAUUAGGUCGUGGAGGAUGGAUCAGGCAUUGGAUCCUCAAUCUCCUCCCUUUAAGGAAGGCCUUUCAUGGCUCGCUCAUCGCGGCCCUGUUCUUGCCAUUACUAUGACCUUCCACGGUGAUCUUUGGUCUGGUUCUGAGGGUGGUGUUAUUAGGAUCUGGCCUUGGGAAUCUCUUGAGAAAUCUCUCUCUCUAAAACCCGAGGAAAGAUACAUGGCUGCUUUGCUUGUGGAGAGGUCAUUCAUUGACCUUAGAACCCAAGUCACUGUUAAUGGUAUUUGCAGCAUUUCUUCUCAGGAUGUCAAGUGUUUGAUAGCAGAUAACUCUCGAGCUAAAGUUUGGUGUGCUGGAUCUCUCUCCUUCUCAUUGUGGGAUGCACGUUCAAGGGAGCUUGUUAAGGUGUUUAACAUAGAAGGGCAGAUUGAGAACAGAGUUGACAUGUCCUCGGUCCAACAAGAUCAAACCGCUGUAGAAGAUGAGAUGAAAGUAAAAUUUGUUUCUGUGUCAAAAAAGGAGAAAUCCGGAGGAUUUCUGCAACGGUCACGCAAUGCCAUAAUGGGAGCCGCAGAUGUUGUGCGCCGAGUUGCAACAAGAGGCGCGGGCGCGUUUGUGGAGGACCCCAAGAGAACCGAAGCCCUAGUGGUAACUGCGGAUGGCAUGAUGUGGAGUGGAUGCACAAAUGGCCUGUUAAUUCAGUGGGACGGGAACGGAAACCGGUUGCAGGAUUUUAACCACCAUCCCUGUGCUGUUCAGUGCUUUUGCACUUUUGGGACAAGAAUAUAUGUAGGGUAUGUGAGUGGCAUCAUUCAGGUGUUAGACCUAGAUGGGAAUGUGAUUGCUGGAUGGGUUGCUCACAGCAGUCCAGUGAUCAAAUUGGCGGUUGGAAAUGGUCAUGUUUUUAGCUUGGCUACUCAUGGCGGUAUUCGCGGGUGGAACAUCACGUCUCCGGGGCCUCUUGACAACAUAUUGCGCUCUGAAUUGGCCGCAAAAGAGAAGUUGUACACCAAAAGAGACAAUGUAAGAAUUUUAGUUGGGACAUGGAAUGUUGGUCAAGGAAGAGCCUCUCAGGAUUCACUCAUGUCGUGGUUGGGUUCUGCUGUGCCGGAUGUUGGCAUUGUUGUUAUCGGAUUGCAAGAAGUAGAGAUGGGUGCGGGUUUCCUUGCAAUGUCUGCAGCCAAAGAAACUGUAGGGCUUGAAGGAAGUUCAGUCGGACAAUGGUGGCUGGACAACAUAGGGAAGGCCCUAGAUGAAGGAAAAACUUUUGAGCGCAUGGGAUCCAGGCAGCUAGCAGGCUUGCUCAUAUCUUUGUGGGUAAGAAAGAAUCUUAGAACGCAUGUUGGGGAUAUCGAUGCUGGGGCAGUUCCAUGUGGGUUUGGUCGUGCCAUUGGUAAUAAGGGAGGUGUGGGUUUGAGAAUCAGAGUAUACGACCGGAUAAUGUGCUUUGUCAACUGUCACUUGGCUGCGCAUCUGGAAGCCGUCAACCGCCGUAAUGCUGAUUUCGAUCACAUUUACCGGAAUAUGGUCUUCAACCGAUCAUCAAACUUCCUCAAUAACGCGGCUGGUAUGGUGCCACACCUAUAUUUGUGUUUCUCUAUUGCCUUGUCCACAUAUUUAUCAUGCCUCCUUUAUUCUUCUGGCUUGCCUUUGCAACUCUCUGCUGCAGCUGGAGUCUCAACUGCUGUUCAUAUGCUUCGCGGCACAAAUGCUAUGGGGGGCAACUCUGAAGAAGCAAGGCCUGAACUUGCUGGAGCAGAUAUGGUUGUGUUCUUAGGGGAUUUCAACUACAGGCUUUCUGGGAUAUCUUAUGAUGAAGCCAGGGACUUUGUUUCCCAAAGAUGCUUCGAUUGGCUUCGAGAAAAGGAUCAGCUUAGAGCAGAGAUGAAAGCUGGCAAAGUCUUUCAAGGGAUGCGCGAGGCACUCAUUAAAUUCCCUCCCACUUACAAGUUUGAAAGGCACCGGGCGGGUUUGGCGGGAUAUGAUUCUGGAGAGAAAAAACGAAUUCCUGCGUGGUGUGACAGAAUAAUAUAUCGAGACAAUCGGUCAGCUCCGGUUUCGGAGUGCAGUCUAGAGUGCCCUGUAGUAUCAUCAGUUCUACAGUACGAGGCGUGCAUGGAUGUGACUGAUAGCGAUCACAAACCUGUAAGGUGUAAAUUCAACCUUCAAAUUGCCCAUGUCGAUAGAUCAAUAAGGAGAAAGGAGUUUGGGAGAAUUUACAAAUCCAAUGAGAAGGUCCAAUUGAUACUUCACGAGUCAUGUCAUGUCCCAGAAACAACAGUGAACACUGACAACAUAGUCCUUCAAAAUCAGGACACUUUCAAUCUGCAAAUCAUCAAUAACAACACCAACGAUGUGGUCGUAUUUAGAAUCGCAUGCGAAGGUCAGUGCACUGUCAAGGAUGAAGAACAGCCCGAGUACCAUCCCAGAGGCUCCUUUGGCUUUCCCCGAUGGCUUGAGGUUACACCAGCAGCAGGCGUGAUAAAACCCGAACAAAUGGUGGAGGUCUCGGUGCGCCAUGAAGAAUUCCACACUCUGGAAGAAUUCGUCGAAGGCAUUCCGCAGAAUUGGUGGUCAGAGGACACACGGGACAAGGAAGUGAUAUUGGCAGUGAAUGUGCAGGGCAGUUGCUCUAUUCAAGCAACCAGUCACAAAAUCUUUGUGCGCCAUUGUUUCUCCUCCAAGACACUUCGCCUUGACUCUCACUCAUCCAGCAGCUCUAAAAGAGGUCAACCAGCUUCAUUUCACCCAUCCGAAGCUCGGCAGCCCAACAGUUCCUCCGAUGCAGAUAAAUCUUUGAAACUGGAGUUGAAGAAUGACAGUUCAAGGCAGUUAUAGGUGCAUGUCAGAAUGUCAUCUUAGUUCUCGCUAUAGACGACACCACCUUCUACAACUUUGAUUGUGCAUAACUCAGGAAGCCUGGUUAUUCAUCAUCUCAAACGCUUUAAGACAGCUUCGAUUUGUUUACAUCACAUCCUACAUAUGACAUUAAGCUUUGGAACUUUAACAUUUUCUUGACGCAAAUUAUCUAGUCAAUCCCAAAUUGUAAUUUUCUAGAACGCUCUUGCUCCAAAGCUGCUGUAGAAAUGAGAAAUAUAGGAAGCAGGUAUAGGGAUUAUUUUAUAACAUCUUUGGUUAUCUAUACACACUAAUUUUUCAGAGAACUUUUUUUCCCCCUCUUCAGUUUGGAAAAAAAAAAAA